AAAGUUGUUUUUCUUGGUAUUUUUCAUUAUAGCGAUCUCCUCUUUUGGCUAUCGUGGCUUAAAUAGAGUUUUUUUGAAUGGAAUGUUCAAGACAACUCAAUUUUAUCUUUUACAGAAAUGGGGGUACCGAUGUUUAUGUUCUGUUUUAAAGUUUAAAUUUGAAGAUAUGUGUUUGUCAAGAUUUGUAUAUUCUAAACUCUUCCUUGUCAAAAUGAUUCUAUGAUAUUCUCUCACCUUAAAUGAUGAAAUACUCCUUGCGAUGCUAUGAACUAUUUUCUCCACCACUAGAGUAACUUUCACCAGGGGUUCAUACAAAAAGUUCUCUAAUGGGUGAAAUAGUAUUUUAUAGAUCACAGUAUAAAUACAGCAGAAGUGAUGAUUCAGAAAUUUCACUUGAAGUUGGUGAUAUUCUUGAAGUGAAAAAACCAUUCCAGUUUACUCUUGAAGGCACAGAAGAGAAUCCUGAAGGAUGGAUUUUGGGUAGAAAUCAAAGAACAAAUGAAUGUGGAUAUUUUCCUGGAACUUUUGUCGAAUAUUUGAGAACAGAAUUGCUCGUACCACCUACUCCUGUACCCCAAAGGCCUGUUCCUCGUCCAGAAAUUGCCACAAGGAAUAUUGAAGAGACUAACGAUUCAGGUUAUCUUGGCUCUCCAGCUACUGGAAAUCAAAUACUAAGGCGUCCUUUUUAUCAACAUAGCCUCAUUAAUGUCUUCUUCUUAACCCCAGUAUUAUGCAGGCAUUGUCGAGAUUAUAUAUGGGGAACUGGAAAAGUCGGUGUGAAAUGUGACGAAUGCCUGGGAUGUUUCCACGAUGUUUGUAUACCCUUCGCCCCUUCUCACCUGUGCCAAAGAAACCCUGGAGAACCACCCCCUCCCUCGUUGGACCGAGAAAUCCCUUUAAAUUUGUGGACAUCUUCAAAUGUUGUUGAGUGGAUGGCUGCCCUUAAUUUAUUUAGAUAUGCAGAACUAUUCAAAUCCAAAGAUAUCAAAGGCUGUGAUCUCAUGACAUUAGACAGGGAUAAAUUAAUGAAUAUGGGUGUAAAAGACGAAUUCCAUCAAAAGGCUAUUCUUGUAUGUGUUGAUUAUCUGUGUCAAAGAAAUAAUUUAAAUCGAUCUCUACAAGAAACAAAAUCUCAGACUGGUCCCUCUCUUAGAGAUGGUUCAUCUCCAACUGGUAAUCAUCAACUACUAGAACAAAGUUUUUCAUGUGUCUUACAAUGUGACAAGUGUCAUAACUAUCUUCAUGGCUUAAUUCAUCAGGGAGUUGUGUGUCAAGAAUGUGGUCUCAUUUGGCAUCGUACAUGUGCUGCUACUGGUUUACCUCAAUGUAAUACUGACAAUUUAGAAAAAGCUAAUAGGCGGAAUCUAAUAUCAGCUAUUUUUGGAAAAGAUUUAAGUAGCCAAUUCCUACCAUCUGUUCAAAGUGCACCUUCUCUAGUCAUUAGAUGCAUACGUGAAAUUGAAACACGAGGAUCAGCAUUGAGCAAUAUUGAUUUAUAUAGAGUGUACCGAACAUCUGCUCCUAGUGAUGUUGUGGCAGAACUACGUCAAAGGUUAAGUGAAGAUGUAGAUCGCACAAACUUAGCAGGUUAUGAGUUGCAUUGCAUAGCAAGUGCCUUAAAGAAAUAUUUGAGAGAAUUACCUAAUCCAGUUUUUCCAGUUCAAUUAUAUGAAAAAUUUAUUGAAACAGCAAAGAUCCAAAAUAGUGAUUUAUGUGUGCAAGCAUUAGAACAGUUGGUUCAUCAAUUGCCAAUUCAUCAUAAGUCUGUACUUCAAACUUUAAUGAGUCAUUUCUGUCGUGUUUGCCGCUUGCAAUAUUCAAGGGGAAUCAAAGAGCCACCGACUAUUUUAAUUCAAGUACUUUGUCAUAUCCUUCUUCGUCCACCUUGGGAAAAAAUAGUCCAAAUUGUCUAUAACACAGAAGCGCACAUUAGAAUAGUUGAAUUACUGCUGUUGAAAGGAAAAUGGGGUGAACACAUGCCUGUUUUUGACUCUGCUCCAGCUCUCCCACCUCGACGUGCCUCAAAACUUACUCAGCCUUUCCCUGAUACCAUUCUGCCGCAUAGUGGUUCUGUCAGCAUCUCUUCCAAUAAUAGCAUUCCUCAACGACCAGAGGGUCCAAUGAGCCUUAAUGAAGCUGAGUGGUACUGGGGUGAUAUUACUCGUGAAGAAGUUAAUGAAAAAUUAAAGGAUACUCCUGAUGGCACAUUCCUAGUUAGAGAUGCUUCAAAUAAAGGUUCAGGAGAAUAUACAUUAACUUUAAGGAAAGGAGGAAGCAACAAAUUAAUUAAAAUUUGUCACAGAAAUGGAAAAUAUGGCUUCACAGAACCUCUGAUGUUCAAUUCCGUAGUAGAAUUAAUAAAUUACUAUCACAAUGUUUCUCUGGCACAAUACAACCGCACUUUAGAUGUUAAGUUACUCCAUCCUGUGUCAAGGUUUCAUCCAACUGGGCUAGAUGAAGAUGAAUCAAUUGAUGUAGAAAAUGUAGGAGAAAAAUUAAUGAAAAUCAAUCGAGAAUACCAACAAAAGAUUAAACAAUUUGAUCAAUUUUAUGAAGAUCAUGGCAAAAUUUCCCAAGAAGUAUCGUUAAAGAAACAAGCACAAGAAGCAUUUAAGUCUACACUAGAAGUAUUCGAAGAACAGAUCAAUAUGUUAGAAAAAAAUAUUGAAAAUACAAAAAAUACAACUCCUUGUGAACGUCAACUACUGAAUGAGAAUUAUGAAUUAUUGAAAGCAAGGAAGCACACCCUAGAAGAGAGUAAAAGGCAGUUGGACAUGGAAUUCUUGCACCAGUCUGCAUUCCAAAGAUCUCUAGAUAGAGAGAUGAACACCCUGAGGCCAGAAAUCAUGAGACUAUAUAAACAAAGACAAGAUUUGCAAGCAAUGUUAGCUGCCAAAGGAGUGAAAAAAGAAAGAGUACAUAAACUCCUGCAAGAAUCAUCUGCAGAAUCUAAGGAUUUGAUGAGAGAGAGUGCUUUUCUUCAAGAUGAUGAAACUCUACCCCAUCACAAUGAAUCACUUUGGUUUCGUCAAGAUCUCUCUAGAAAUGAAGCUACUAAUCUUCUUGCCGGUAAACCGGAUGGAACUUUUCUCAUCCGCAAUAGCCGGACGCAAGGUCAAUAUGCGCUUUCGAUAGUAGCUGAUGGCAAAGUUGGACAUUGUCUCAUUUACAAAACUGAGAGAGGUUACGGUUUCGCAGAACCUUACAAUGUUCAUCCGAGUUUAAAAAGUUUAGUGCUGCAUUACGCUCAAACGUCUUUAGAGGAACACAAUGAUACUCUAAAAACAACUCUCGCUUAUCCGGUUUACAGCCUUGACCAAUAUGUCACUCAAAGUACAAAUUGCUGAUCUAUCAUCAUCAACAAUCAUCAUGUUCAUCUUUUGAGGCAUUUGUUUGAUUCUUCAAUCUUCUCUUUGUUAUAGUUAAGAUACAAAUUAUGUUUACAGAAUUUAUACCGUCAACUUAAAUUUCGAUAAAAUUAAUUCAAUUGCUUCAGUCUUGAUUUUAGAUUUUUUUUAUAAGCAAUUGUUGAAUGACUUACCAUGACAUAUCAUUAAAAACAUGACCUUUUGGCUGAUUCUAAAAUUAAAAUAAAGAAUAAUCAACAUUCUGUAGAAAUCAUUUAUUUAAUUGUUUGUAACCAAAUAUCAUUUUUUAAAAAUUUGUUGUAAUGUCCCUAGCAGCAAAAUAACUUAGGCCCUCAUUGGGCCAAUAUUCAUGAAUCUCGGCUCAAUAAUUGUUCAAAAGGCCUUUAUUUUUCCGAUAUUGACCCUAUUUAGAAAUUUCCGCUUCACCCGAUGUUUUACAGCCACUUAACAACCAAUAUCGGUCCUAUAGAAUUGUUAGAUUCACCCGAUAUUUUAUAUCUAUUAUUUAGCCAAUAUAGGUCCUAUAUUGCCCACUGUAGGCCAUUCUAGGACCAAUAUUAAAAAAAUCUAGACAUCCCAAUAUUGGUCCCUCGGUAAAUGUUCUUAUAGGAGCCAUAUCGAGCCAAUUUUGAACUCAACUGGGGCCAGGGUAAAAAUUGUUGCUAGGGAUAAUUUAAAUAUUUCACAUUCAAAUUUUUUUUAUUUUGAAUUAAAAAGAUUUAUUUGUAAAUUAAAAAUAUACCAUUUACUUAAAGCAUUUACUCUAUAUGAAAUGAUUUCAAUAUGCCCUUUUAUAUUAUAAACUUUUAAUAUUUGAACGAGGCCGUACAAAGUAAAAUUUCAUUACUUUGCCUACAACUAUGAUUUAUAUAAUCCGCAAAUGAUAUAAUUAAACUUUUAUAUGUAAUUGGAAAACAAAGUACUUAGAAUCUUCUCCAAUACUUAAAAUACAAUUGUUUAAGUGUAUGUAGCUAUGCAUAUUAACAUUUCAAGACUGAAGUUGUUGAAGUAGAAUCAUCUUUAUUUAAUGUAGAAAUGCUAAAUUUAUGUUUUAAAAAAUGUUUCAUAAAUUAUCAAUUAAUUGAGAUGACUUUUUAUGGUUGAUUUUUUGAUAAGAAUUUUUUAUAAAUAUUAUUUCACUUAUUCUUAAAUACAAGUAAUUUAAUUUUUAAAAGCAAAUAUUGAGAGAAGUUAUUUUCAAAAAACAAAAUAUUGCACAAUUCAUAAUAUUUAUUCUUUAUACAUCUUCUACUUACCUGCAACAUAUAGCAACAAACAUCAUUUUAUGUGCUUUUGGUUUUUCUCAACCAAUCAAUUAACAAUCAUUUUUGAUAAUGUAUGUGUGUGGUAGAGCUCGUCAAAAGGAUGUUUAAUACAAUUGUAAAAAUCAAACAAGUGUUUAUAUUAUUUUAGAUAUGAAAUUAAUAUAUAGUUAAUGUAUGAUAGUCUUUUGUGAAUGCUUGUUUAUGUUGGAAUGCAUGUUAAUUUUAGAUUUAAUUACUUAUAAUUAAAUUUUUCAUGUUGUUAAGUUUAUUGCUGUCUGAUUAGUUUAUUCUUCCAUUUUCAUAUAGUUUCUUUUUCUAAUAAUAAAUUUAAAUUUCGUAUUUAAUUUAUAUAUUUUUUAAUAAAUAAUUUACGUUUUGAAUUUAUUUUAGUCUCAUAUUUGCAUUAGAAUUUGAUAUUUUUAAAAAAUGGUAUUUUGUUCGGUGAAAAUUUUAUGACAAUUACUUUUUUGCAAGGAAAGUUUCUUACAAUUUCUAAAAUAGCAAAAUUCAAUUACAUUUUAAAUUAAUUUAAAUUUAGAGGAAUAAUAAUACAAACGUUUAAAGAAUAUGAUGACUCUAAUUUUUUAUUGUUUUUGAUUUCAUAAAAUUUUUCUCUCUAGUUUUCAAAAUUUAGUCAUGAAUUUAUACAUUCAUAAACAAAUGUACAAUAUUUUAACUGAAAUUUGAUAUUUCAACUAAAAAAAAUCUAUAUUAAUAUUUUUUUAGUUUACUACUUCUGUGAAAUUUGCAAACUGUUUAUUGGUGUAAAAAAUUACUCAUAUAAUUUCAGUUAGCUAAUUUAACAAAUUUUAUUGUUCAUGUUAUGAAAUUAGUAAUGGAAGCGUGCAAUGUGUAAAAUAUUCUGUUUGUGUUUAAUGUUUGUUUCAUUAAUACAACAUAAGAGGAAAUCAUUCUUACUAAAGUGCGAGCUCUACUCAAUAUUUGACAGUGAUGAGUUGUUUAUUCCAUCGUGUCAUGUGAUAAUUGUCUGUGAUGUAAUAAUGUACAUUUUGUCAAGGCAAUGUUUUUCAUACGAUGACGAAAUUAGUGUUAUUUUAUCAAGUAGACUAGUGCUUUGUUAAUUAAAUGUUUAAUUGUCCUAAUUUUUUUCCAUAAAUGAACUGUAUAUAUUUUGAACGAACUCAUAAUGUGUUAGUAAAAAUUUAAUGACAUUAUAUAAA